AUGUAUAAAAUGGAAUAUUCUUACCUCAAUUCCUCUGCCUACGAGUCCUGUAUGGCUGGGAUGGACACUUCAAGCCUGGCUUCAGCUUAUGCUGACUUCAGUUCCUGCAGCCAAGCCAGUGGCUUUCAAUAUAACCCUAUAAGGACCACUUUUGGGGCCACCUCUGGCUGCCCAUCCCUCACUCCAGGAUCCUGCAGUCUCGGCUCUCUUAGGGACCACCAGAGCAGUCCAUACGCAGCAGUUCCUUACAAACUCUUCACCGACCACGGGGGUUUAAACGAGAAGAGGAAACAGAGGCGGAUCAGAACCACGUUCACCAGCGCCCAGCUCAAGGAACUGGAGAGGGUGUUUGCAGAGACUCAUUACCCUGAUAUAUACACCCGGGAGGAGCUGGCGCUCAAAAUAGACCUCACCGAGGCGAGAGUGCAGGUCUGGUUCCAGAACCGCCGCGCCAAGUUCCGCAAGCAGGAGCGGGCGGCGGCGGCGGCGGCGGCGGCCGCCAAGAACGGGGCGGCCGGCAAGAAGUCCGACGCCUCCCGCGACGACGAGAGCAAGGAGGCCAAGAGCACCGACCCCGACAGCACCGGCGGCCCCGGCCCCAACCCCAACCCCGCGCCCAGCUGCGGCGGAGGCGGUGGCGGCGGACCCAGCCCCGCCGCCGGGCAGGGAGCGGCGGGGCCCGGCGGGCCGGGGGGGGAGCCGGGCAAGGGAGCGGCGGGGCCCGGCGGGCUGGCGGCGGCGGGGCCGGGGCAGGGCUGGGCGCCGGGGCCCGGGCCCAUCACCUCCAUCCCCGACUCAUUAGGCGGCCCCUUCGCCAGCGUCCUCUCCUCGCUGCAGCGGCCCGGCGGCACCAAAGGCAGCCUCGUCAAGAGCGGCAUGUUCUGA